CGAGCCUAGCGGUGCCGAUUGCAUAAUAAAAGAUCAAAUUUGGGUUCUCUUUCAAGUUUCUGUUCUGCUUCAGUUGUGCCCACAGGAGUUACCAAGGAUGGAAACACAAAAAAGUCAACAGGAAAAACAACCAUCUUCUGUUGCCCAAGCUCCGGCCAUUACUUCAUGUCGUAAGAAGAAGAGUGAAGAAACCACUUUCUUGGAGGAUUUGAAGGAUCACAUUGACGAGUUCAUCGAUGCGUCAAUGGAUGAACACAAAACUUGUUUUACAAAGACUAUCCAAAAGAUGUUUGGAAUGUCAAAAGUUGUUGCAGAAAGAAGUUCUAACAGCAAGGAAAGGGAAAGCUCUCUACCACUUCAAACAACAGUGUCAGACUAAAAUAUUUUCCUUCUUGUAACAACUUGGCAACAAGUUUAAAGCUUCAUGAACUUGUAUAUGUCAAAACUGUUAAAACUGAGUAACCUUUCAUAUGUCAAUUUAACAAAUCUAACCGAGCCAAUUCAAAUUCACUAUGUUCAUGAAAAUUCCACUGUUGUGGGACUAUGAUAUUUUUGCAUACUUAUAGUUUUUUAUUUGAGAAAAUUUUCAUGGUAUAACCAUGCUACACACAUUGUGGAAUCAUUGGUUCCAUGAAAAGCACUGGUAUAAUUGAAUUAGU